UUGUUUCUGCCGGUUCGCCUGGUGAAGGCCGCGGCGAUGGUAACGUUGGCGGAGCGGAGAUUGCGGCUGGAUGCCGCCGGCUUCUGGGCCGCGCUCGACGUAUGGACCCGGAAGCCGCAAGUGGCGAACCGGCGGCUCAGCGGCUGCUGCCUGGUGGCCGAGAGGGAAACACGCUGCUCCGUCGCGGGGCUAUGGCCGCUUGUGGAGGAGCUGGUGCCUGGAUUAAGGGCCGAGCUGGACCGCGAAAUGAAUGAGAUUCUCCUGGCAAUGACGGGGGAGCGAGCUGGGGACAGACUGAAGGUGACACUAAGGACUGUGAUUCCCAAAACACAGGCGGAGAACUGUAGAGAAUUAGUCAUCCAAGAUUUUGAAAACAACACAGCAACAUUUAUACCAUUAGAACGGCAUAUUGCAGAAAGGUACACACUCAAGAAGAGCAAUAUUUACAGCUUUAAACUUCAACAAGUUAAAGGCGAUGAAUUAUUCUGGUUUAUUUCUGUUUCGACCAUGUGCCCUGAGAAGUGGAAAGCAGAUGGAAUUGUAUAUCCCAAACCAGCAUGGCUGUCAGAUGUAUUGCUCACAAAGAUUGUGAAAUGGUCAACAGAGAACGUGAAGAAUUAUUUUAAGAGUACACUUUCUCUCAUUUCUGUGGAAAAAUACAAUGAAUGUUACCACCGUCUUAAAGCAAAAUACAAAGAAAUGGUCAAGUGGCCAGGAUAUACUGCGGGGUUACCAGAGUGUAUGAAACAAAUUUGGCCUGAAGUAACGAAUCCUGAAAAAUUUGUGUAUGAGGAUGUCGCCAUUGCAACAUACUUACUGGUUCUUUGGGAAGCGGAGCGUUCAGAAAAAGGCCUGACUGACAAACAGUCCUUUGUAGAUUUGGGAUGUGGGAAUGGAUUACUGGUUCACAUCCUGAUCAAUGAAGGACACCCUGGUAGAGGCAUAGAUGUGAGGAAACGGAAAAUUUGGAAUAUGUAUGGUCCACAGACAUGUCUCAAGGAAUGCGCCAUCACACCAAGUGAUGAUUUCCUUUUUCCGGAUGUGGAUUGGAUAAUCGGCAACCAUUCAGAUGAAUUAACACCAUGGAUUCCUGUUGUUGCAGCAAGGUCAUCCUAUUCAUGCUGCUACUUUGUCCUGCCUUGUUGUUUCUUUGAUUUCUAUGGAAAGUACUGUCGAAAGCAGACUAAAAGCACACAAUACAGAGCAUACCUGGAUUUCAUUACAGAAGUGGGUUCUACUUGUGGUUUUAAAGUAGAAGAGGAUUGCCUUCGGAUUCCAUCUACAAAACGGGUUUGCUUGAUUGGUAACCAAAGGACAUAUUCCCCCUCUUGCGAAAAAAGGUUGGAUGAAGAACGAACUCAGUAUAUUAGGGAGAGAUAUUCUUAUACCCUGAGCACUGGAGAGAAUACAGGUUUUAGGAAGAUGAAGGACCCUGUUUCGCCUAAUCACAUUACAGAUUGUUCAGUUGUUGAAGAUGACGUGAUACAAGAUAUUUGUGGUGAUACAGAUUGUUCUGCAUCCAACAUGUGGGUGGCUGGAUUCCAACCCAGAGAGAAAGUAGAGAAAGUUAGAAAUUGUGCUUCUUUGCCUCGAGAUUUUGUUGAUAGUAUAGUGCUUCAGGUAGCUAAAGCACUUUUGAAAGUAAACCAGGACAACAAUGAACAUAACGGUGAAGGCGGUGCAAAAUGCUGGCGCAAGGGAGGAAGCCUGUGUCUUAAAAAUGUAGCAGAUCUUCUGGACAGUGAUACAUUACAAAAAUUAAAAAAAGAAUGUGGAGGCUUACAAACCCUGUUGAGAAACAAUUAUCAGGUGUUUGAAGUUGUCCAUGGAAACGUUCAGAUCCGUGACUGGUCAAAAGAAAAGCAAAGCAAACAAAAAGAAAAGCAAACAAAAAAUCUGUCACCAGAUGAGAAAAGAAAAUUACUUUCUGAAGCUUGUAAGACACGUCUCUGUUGGUUCUUUGUAAAUCAUCCUGAUGGGUGUCCUCGAACCGCGGAAAAGUGUCCAUUUGCACACGGAAUACAAGAACUGCGAUCUCGUGCUAAUAGCAGAAAAUAAAUUUAAUAUUAGGGUUGAACUGCUGGAUAUUUAGUUUGAUAGGAAAUGUUCAAGAAUGAAAUAUACACUUCUCUUCAUAAGAGCUGCCUACUCAAAUAACCGUGGACCAAAUGAUGCUUUUGUUAUGGCUAUAUCUGCCAUGAGUUAAACUUCCCCUCCUGUUUAGGUAUUUAGUGUCUUUGUUCUGGCAAGUUACUGAAUGUAUGUGCUGGGCUUGCACGGUGGCUCAGUGGUUAGCACUGCAGCCUCACAGCGCCAGAUCCCGGGUUUGAUUCCAGCCUGGGGCGACUGUUGGAGUUUACACAUUCUCCCUGUGUCUGUGUGGGUUUCCUCCAGGUGCUCCGUUUUCCUCCCACAGUCCAAAGAUAUACAGGCUAAGUCGAUCGGCCAUGCUAAAUUGCUUGUAGUGUUCAGGGGUGUGUGGGGAUGGGUCUGGGUGGGAUGCUUCAAGGGGCGAUCUGGACUUGUUGGGCCGCAGGGCCUGUUUCCACACUGUAGGUAAUCUAAUCUAAUGUAAUCUAUUAAUGAUAUGAGGCAAGCAGGAUCUAAAUGGACGGUAUCUUUCAACCAAUUCAAUUGAAAGAUUAUGAAACCAAAAGCACAAAAACUGAAACAGAAUUCUAAAUUUUCAAUGUUAAAUCAAGUACCUGAAAAGAAAUAGAGAAGAAUAAUUGGAUUACGGAAGAGAGAAAGAAAAGUUCAAGUCACCCAUAACUACCCUGCUGUGUUUGCACUUUUCAACAAUCUGCCGGCCUAUGAGUUCUUCAAUCUCCCUACUGCUAUUUGGGGGUCUGUAGAAAACCCCCAAUGAGGCGACUGCUCCCUGACUUCCACCCAUACUGACUCAGUCGACAAACCUUCCUCGGCAACCUCCAGUAGAUGUGUCCUCAUCAAAAGCUCUUUCAGCCACCGUUAUACUGUCCUUGACUAACAAAGGCACACCUCCCCCUCUUUUACCACUUUACCUGAACUUAAUGAAAGAUCUAAACCCUGGAACCUGCAACAUCCAUUCCUGACUCUGCUCUAUCCAUGUCUCCGAAAUGGCCACAACAUCGAACUCCCAGGUACCUAUCCAAGCUGCAAGCUCACCUACCUUAUUUCAGAUACUCCUUGCGUUAAAGUAGACACACUUCAACCCAACUUGCUUCCUCACUCUCUCCACGGGAGUCAGAAGAUUGGAGGGAGGCAAAUGUUGUUCCUCUUUUCAAGAAAGGGAAUAGGGAAAUCCCUGGAAAUUACAGACCAGUCAGUCUUAUGUCUGUGUGGUCAGCAAGGUUUUGGAAAGAAUUCUGUGAUAGGAUUUAUGACUAUUUGGAAAAGCAUAGCAUGAUUAAAGGGAGUCCGCAUGGCUUUGUGAGGGGCAGGUCAUGCCUCACAAAUCUUAUUGAGUUCUUUGAGGAAGUCACGAGACAGGUUGACGAGGGCCGAGCAGUGGAUGUGGUGUACAUGGAAUUCAGCAAGGCAUUUGAUAAGUUUCCCCAUGGCAGGCUCGCUCAUAACGUCAGGAGGUGUGGGAUACAGUGAUUUGGCUGUCUGGAUUCAGAAUUGGUUGGCUGACAGGAGGCAGAGUGGUUGUGGAUUGUAGGUAUUUUGCCUGAAGGUCAGUGCUGAGUGGUGUCCCGCAGGCCUCUGUUCUUGGGCCUCUGCUCUUUGUAGUUUUUAUAAAUGACUUGGAUGAGGAGGUUGAGGGGUGGGUUAGUAUGUUUGCUGAUGACACAAAGGUUGGAGGUGCCGUUGAUAGUAUCGAGGGCUAUUGCAGGCUUCAGCGAGACAUUGACAGUAUGCAGAGCUGGGCUGAGAAAUGGCAGAUGGAGUUCAACCUGGAUAAAUGCGAAAUGAUGCAUUUUUGGAAGGUCGAACUUAAAUGCUGAAUAUAGGAUUAAAGGCAGGAUUCUCAGUAGUGUGGAGGAACAGCAGGAUCUUGGUGUUCAAAUGCAUGGCUCCCUCAAAGUUGCCACCCAAGUGGAUAAGGUUGUUAAGAAAGCAUAUGGUGUUUUGGCUUUCAUUAACAGGGGGAUUGAGUUUAAGAGCCGCAAGGUUAUGCUGCAGCUCUACAAAACCCUGGUGAGACUACAGUUGGAAUAUUGUGUCCAGUUCUGGUCGCUCUAUUAUAGGAAAGAUGUGGAGGCUUUGGAGAGAAUGCAAAGGAGGUUUACCAGGAUGCUGCCUGGACUGGAGAGCUUGUCUUACGAAGAGUGGUUGACUGAGCUUGGACUUUUCUCUCUGGAGAGAAGGAGGAAGAGAGGUGACCUGAUUGAGGUGUACAAGGUAAUGAGAGGCAUGGAUAGAGUCGAUAGCCAGAGACUUUUCCCCAGGGCAGGAUUGACUGCCACAAGGGGUCAUAGUUUUAAGGUGUUAGGAGGAAGGUAUAGAGGAGAUGUCAGAGGGAGGUUCUUCACCCAGAGAGUUGUGAGCGCAUUGAAUAGUUUGCUAGUGGUAGUCGUGGAAGCGGAGUCAUUGGUGACAUUUAAGCAACUGCUGGACAUGCACAUGGACAGCAGUGAAUUGAGGGGAAUGUAGGUUAGGUUAUUUUUGGAUUAGGGUUAUUCCAUGGCACAACAUCGUGUGCUGAAGGGCCGGCACUGUGCUGUACUUUUCGAUGUUCUCUGAUGGAAUGCGGGUUGCGUUAGGUCCUCUGAGAAAGAGGGAUCUCUGGCCCCUCUCUGGGAGGGAGAGGGGUGUGUUCGGCCUCAUGGCAGCGCAAGGCUGUAGUUGGGUCUGGUGGUGAUAGACAGGUUGGUGUUACCAGUUCCUGGGGAUAGAGGGCAUUUUUUCAUGCCCAAGAAGUGGGUUUUGAAUUCAAUGCAGUAUAUUUUGUUGGCUUCACGGUGUUUGUGGCGAUUUUGGGUCUGGCAUGAAGAGAGAUUGGCAAGUGCCAAUGGGAGAGGGAGAUGUUGGGUCAGGGACAUGUAAUGGGUCAUGGGAGGUGUAAUUCAGGGUGCAUGAGGUAAGUUGAUCAGCUUGAUACUUGAAUACAAGCAAAAUUCUGUAGAUUCUGGAGAUUUGAAAUGGAACAAAAAGGCAAUGCUGGAGAAACUCAGCAGUUCUGACAACCACUAUGGAAGCAUUUGGUUCUGUGGCAGAGUCAUGGACCUCAGUGUUAACUCUGUUUCUUUCUCCAGGUGGUGCCAGACCUGUUGAGAGUUCCUCUAGCAUUUUCUGUUUCUAUUUAUAAUAAAAUGAGUUAGGCAAAGUUUUUAUUUGUUUAACCUUCCAUGGAUAACUAUCUACAAACUGCUUCAGAACCCCUUGAACUGUCUAAUUUUAAAUGGAUUCUGGAGGCUACCAAAUGUCAGGAAAUUUCCAAUUGGCAUUGCCAAUUUCCUAACCAGUUCCCUCAGUUUGCUGUGGUGUUGAUUCUGCAGGGUGAGAUUGUGCAACUCCCAUCUAUGCUGAAGAAAUGAUGAUUGGACCUCAACUCCAGCCCAUGAUAUCUACAGAAUCUUUUAAGGCUGGUUUGGUAUUGAGUUUCAACAUAUACCUCCUGAUUAUUAUUAGACGAGCCCUUCACUCCUGGGAUCAUUCUAUUGAAUUUCCUCUGGAUCCCCUCCAAUGCCAAUACAUCCAUCCUUCGACAUGAGGCCCAAAAUUGCUCUCAGUUUUCUAAAUGUGGUCUGACAAGGGCCUUAUACAGCCUCAGCAGUACAUCUCUGCUUUUAGAUUCUGACCCUGAUGAAUCAAAUCCUCACUCUGCAUUUGCUUUCCUAACUGUCAGCUGAACCUGCAUGUUUACCUUAAGACUAUUCUGAACAAGACUCCCAAGAUUCUUCGUGUUUAAGAUUUCUGAAGCCUUCCCCAUGUCGAAAAUAGUCUGUGACGCUACCUAUCAAACUGCACAAUCACAUCCUUUCCCAUUUGCAUUCUAUCUGCUACAUGUUUGUCCAUUCUCCUACCCUGUCCAAGUCCUUCUGCCUGCACAGGCUGUAAGUAGAGGUUGAAUAACCCUACAAAUUGAAAUACUGUGUCUAGUUAUAUCCUGUACAUCUACAUUCUUUAAAAAGGCAAUAAAAAUAAAGAAGUCUCAAUCGCCAUACUUCAAAUUCUGAAGGGAUUGGCUCUUUUUAUAAUUGAAUGUACUGGAUCCUUCACAAGGGCUGACUGAACUACUGGAAGCAUUAUAUUCUAGACUUCCAGAUUACUGGGGAGGUUGGACAUUUUCUCAACAGGGACAAAGCAUCUUUCAGUGUAUUGUGGGUUAUUGUUCACUGAAUGCGUACAAUGAAUUAGAUGAGAGUUUAUUACCUUGCCCUGAAUGUCUUUGUUUUCCAGUUUCCCAUGCAGCCUCCAUCCUGUGUUGUGUGCUGCAAUUUUUUUUCUAAAUGCUGCUUCCUACCCUUCCUCACUGCAGGCAAUGCACUAGCAUGCAAGUCUCAUCCAAUUAAAGAUUCUUCCCUGUUGAUAUGAAGAGGGCUAAGAGAAGGUUUUCGCUUUUUCAUUCUGUUUGAUUGAAAUGUUAUAGCUGUAAAUAAUUCUGAGCAAUGAGAAUGGGGUGUCCUGUCAGUGAGCUACACUAUUUCCUAUUGAUACCCAAGACUACCCUUUAAAAAUGUCACUUAGAAAAUCGAAGCUUCUCAAACGGUGCUUAUAGUCCUGAACAGCAAGCAAUCUGCAGAACAGACAAAAAAAUUGACACUCUUUUUAAACACGGCCAAAGUUAAUUUUUCCAUUCAACUUGAUAAAUUCUUUUCAACGACGGUUUUUAGAUUCAAGACCUUUUGAUUUAACUUGAUUUGCUGACUUGAAAAGAGAAGUAUUCUUAUCUUAAGCUGAUGGGGUCUACAAAGUUCCUGAUUAAAAUCAUUCCGCAAUGUAUUCCUCUUAAUUUAUUUAGCCCUUAAUUAAAAUUACCUGAUAAUUCAAAUCUCAACAAUAACUCCUAGUUUGUCGUAUUGCUUCAUUCAUGUAAUUAGAUUAAUUCAGAUUUGAGUGCAAGAUCUUGAAGUAUCAAGCCUUGAUUAAAUGGAACAGCAGAUUUUAUGCGAUUAACGUACUCCCAAUAUCCGGAGAUUUUUCUUUUAGUUUUAUUGAUAUUGACUAACUGUUCUUCUUUGUGAGGUUCUUUUCCCUCAAUGUCCUCCGCAAACUCAUUGGUAUUUUACCAAAUAUAAUAUGUAUCAUGGACCAAUGCAAUUGGAUAACAUCUUGGAAAAUAAUGUUUUUUCUAAUUUCCAUUACAAAUAUAUUUCUUGAUUAUAUUCAAAUAACUGGUCUAGUUUUAAUAAUAGAACUGCAGGUAGUUUUAUGAUAAAACUAAACACUAUUGAGUGUCACUGAAACAAUCACCCAAUUUUCAAUAACUGAAAAUGACUCUGAAACAUGAUACUGAACCAUUUGUUGGUUACAUUGAUGUAGAAUACUAAGUUUCUCAGCAAAUUAAAAAAAUAUGUUUGGAUGAAUAGCUUUUGUGUUUUACGAAGCUUAAUUUCAAAUGUCUUUUUAGAAGUCAUCACACAGGUUCACUUUCUAACAUUUCCAGCAUUCAAACAGUUGGUUCAAGGUUAAAUUGCUGUGGCCACAACAAUGGUAGCAGCUGGCUCUUGGCUCAUUAUGUUAAGGGCAGCGCAUUGUUUCCACUUGGCAGGGGCCAUGAAAGUUCAAGCCAAUUCCGAAGCAAUUAUUCUUUUGUUUUCAAUGAAAGCUUUUCUGAAGAAGGGUCACUGUUAAUUCCGCCUUCUCACCAGCAAAGUUGUCGGGCCUGCUGAGUUUUUUCACUUUGUUUAAUUUAGAAAUACAUAUAUUACUUUGCACAGUUUGAAAAGUGUAUUC